GCUUUUCCCCUCUUUUCACGAACCCUAAGACCCAAAAGAAAAUUUCAAUCCUUAUUUUCUCCCCCUCUCUCUCUCCGCUAGGGUUUCUCUGGUUCUCACUCUCUCUCUCGAGCCUUGUCACGGUUCCCUAUCUGAACUUGGUUGCUCUCUUCUGAGCUUUAAUGGACUUCGGCGGUGGUCGCAAGCGAGGCAGGCACGAAGCGGCGUCGUUUAACGGCAAUGGCGGCUUCAAGAAAUCCAAGCCAGAAAUGGAGUCCUUUUCAACUGGUAUAGGAAGCAAAUCGAAGCCAUGCACAAAGUUUUUCAGCACUUCUGGUUGCCCUUUUGGAGAGGGAUGUCACUUCUUGCAUUAUGUUCCUGGUGGCGUCAAAGCUGUAUCUCAGAUGACUGGUAGCAACCCAACUCAUCCACCUCCUCCCAGACAUUCAGCAGCCCCACCAUCAUUUCCAGAUGGUUCUUCUCCACCAGCUGUCAAGACACGGUUAUGCAACAAAUACAACACAGCUGAAGGUUGCAAGUUUGGAGAUAAAUGUCAUUUUGCUCACGGUGAAUAUGAGCUUGGGAGGCCCACUGCUCAAUCUUAUGAUGAUCCUCGUGGUGGGGGAGCAAUGCAUGGAAGGAUGGGAGGUCGGAAUGAGCCUCCCCCACCAAGUCAUGGAGGUGCAGGUAGAUUUGGGGCCAUUGCCAAUGCUAAGAUUAGUGUAGAUGCUUCCCUCGCCGGAGCCAUAAUUGGAAAAAAUGGUCUGAACUCAAAGCAGAUUUGUCGUGUGACUGGAGCAAAGCUUUCUAUAAGAGAGCAUGAGUCAGACCCGAAGCUGAGGAACAUUGAGCUUGAGGGUACUUUUGAUCAGAUUAAAGAUGCCAGUGCCAUGGUUCAAGAUAUUAUUGUGAACGUGAGCUCAGCUGCUGGACCUCACAUGAGAAAUCCUUCUAUGGGGGCUUCUCAAGGAAGUAGUAACUUCAAGACUAAGCUUUGCGAGAAUUUUACUAAAGGUCAAUGCACAUUUGGUGACAGGUGCCACUUUGCACAUGGGGCUGAAGAAUUGCGCAGGGGAGGGAUGUGAUUUCUUUCAGUACUUCUCAUCUUGUUCCCGUACCAAUUUCUUGUAGGAUACAGUUCUUACAGCAUUAUUUGUGUUCCUGGAUUUUUUUUUUUAAGAGUGCAGUUCUCCUUAGUUUUCCAGGGGUUAAUAUUGGGGAAAUUUAGUAGUUUGCCAUAUCUGCUCCUACUCUUCCCACUCGUCUUUCCGAAUCAUUCGGAGUUUUCUUGGUUGAACUAUGUAGUGUAACUACAGGUUGCCCUGCUGCCUGCAGCAUGUUCUGUGGAGAAUGCUGUUGUUGGCUGCCUUAGUUUUGUUUUGAUUAAAAUGAAGAAGAUAAAAGAUGUUUUGAUGGUUAGGGCUUUCA